CUUUUUUUCUCAGAGUGAAGAGAGCAUUGCGGACACCAUCGUCCUCUUCGUCGUCGGCGCCCGCGCCGCCGAACCAGCCUACCGCCCCCGCCCCUCCAGAGAGCUCGUCCCCCGUAGUGGUCCUCCUCCUCCUCAUCCUGCUGUCUGCUCUGCUGGUACUGGACUGGCUUUGUCUGGAGAUCUGUUCUGUCGGGGCUUGGAAUUGAUUUCUUUCGUUUGCCCUUCUCUUUCUCCAGCGCGCGCAACAUCGAUCGGCCUCAGUUGACGCCACACGACUUGGCAUCCAACGUGCGGGAGCAGCUUAUCCUCCAAAAAAUCGGGGGCUCAACUGAACCCCAAUGCCGUCCACCCCCGGGGAGAAUGAUCCCCGAGUCACUCCGGGGCCUGUGGCGCCUCCGUUUGUUCAGACUUUCAGGCCUACUCAUGCCGCGGGUGGCGCCGCCGCAGACCCGAGGUUAGCGCAGCAGUCUUGGCCCGGCCAUGUAGUCCUCCUGCGUCCAUGCGCGCCUUGGCUUCCUCAUGCUCCCGUUCCGCUACUGCUGAAUGCUGCAAAUCCGCGGCAGAAUGGGGAUGCGGCGGCAGAUGUAGCUGCGGCUGAUGUUAAUCCUGCCAUUGAUAGCUGUGACGAGAAUAUGUUGCCGAAGGUGAACAUGCUAUUUGAUGGCGAGAAUGAUGCAUAUGAGUUCUACAAUGCCUAUGCAGAGAAGGUGGGUUUCUUUGUCCGGAGAUCAACACUCUGGACGACAUCGAAGAACAUAAUCACCAGGAGGACUUUCGUCUGCUCGAGAGAGGGUUUUCGGGAGAAGAAGAAGGGUGCCAAGGAAGCAAAGUGCCCACGUCCUGAGACAAGAAUCGGGUGCUCAGCAAGCAUGACCAUUAGACUUACCACUAAUGGCAAGUACCGUUUGACAGAGUUUGUACCAAAUCAUAACCAUCAGCUGGCAACAGCAUCUACAAUUCAUAUGCUGAAGGCAAAGAAAAUCAGGCGCAAAGCACGGGCUGUGAGAGAAAAUCUGGUGGACGAUACCGUGAGAACACCAGAAUUCGAGAAUGAAGAUGAGGCUUAUGAAUUUUACAGCAUGUAUGCGGGGAAAAUUGGGUUCAAUGUGCGAAGGGCAAGCAUGACAGUGAAUGCUGAGAAUGUUAUCACCAGAAGAAUGUUUGUUUGCUCGAAAGAAGGGUUUCGUGAGAAGAAAAGAGGGGCGCAAAGAGUAAAGAAGCCUCGUCCGGAGACCCGGACAGGUUGUCCAGCAUGUAUGGUCAUCAGGCUUGCGACUAAUGGAAAAUAUCAUGUCACAGAAUUUGUUACCUUCCACAAUCACCAGCUUGGGGCUGCAGCACCUUCUGAUCUUGUGAUGGCAUCGCAGAGUAUAGAAAAUGAUGAAGAUGGUGGACCUGAUCUGGCAGAUGGAUCACCUGAUGAUUCUAUUCACAAGAAAAAUCUUAUUAAUGAAAAUGCUACUCUAAACUCUCUACAAGGUAGAAGUUGCAAAAGAUACAAGCGUACAAAGACUCUGCACUAUGGUGAUGUUGGUGCUACUCUAGAGUACCUGCAAAAGAUGCAACAUGAUAACCCUUCUUUCUUCUAUGCUGUAAAAUCUGAUGAGGAUAAGAACUUUACGAAUUUUUUCUGGGCAGAUUCAAAGUCUAUCGUGGAUUUUAUCCAUUUUGGUGAUGUAGUUUGUCUUGAUUCAGGAUAUACAUUGCAAGGCUAUGGUAGGCCACUUGCUUUGUUUACAGGUUUGAAUCAUCAUAAGCAAACAGUUAUCUUUGGUGCUGCAUUGCUUUAUGAUGAAAGUAAUGAAGCUUUCAGAUGGUUAUUAGAUACUUUCAAGAUGGCAAUGAAUGGAACCCAUCCCAAGACAUUGUUAACCGAUAGAUCUGCUGAAAUAUGUGAAGCCGUUGCAGCCACAUGGCCUGCUACGUCCCAUCGUUAUUGUGUCUGGCAAGUUUACCAAAAUGCUCUUCAGCAGUUGAGUCAAGCUUUCCACGGUUCAAGAACUUUAGAAUGCAACUUCAAGAGAUGCCUAUUUGAUUGUGAGGACGAGGAUGAAUUUUUGACAGCAUGGAAGGAAAUGUUGGAAAAGUAUGACCUAGAAGAUAAUCAAUGGCUAGCAGAUUUGUUUUCAAUAAAGGAGAAAUGGGCACUGCCAUAUGGCCGUGAGACAUUUUAUGCUGAUAUGAAAAGCGUCCAGCAGAAGGAAAGCUUAUCAAGUGAGCUGAAAAAACAUUUAUCCUUAGAGUAUGACCUUUUGAACUUCUUUGAGCAGUUUGAAAGACUAUUAUGUGAUCGUAGGUCUGCAGAACUGGAGGCUGAUGUGAAUGCUAAUCAGAGCACAAAGAAGCCACCUUCUAUGCGCAUAUUAAGGCAAGCUGCCAAUGUAUACACGCCUGCUGCCUUUAAAAUGUUUGAGAGGGAAUUUGAGUUAUACAUGGAUUGCAUGCUAUACAACUGUGGUGAUGUGGGCACAAUUUCUCAGUAUAGGAUAUGUGUUGAUGACAGUCCAAAAGACCACUUUGUUAAAUUCGAUUCACUCGAUUCCAUGUUGAAUUGUAGCUGUAAAACGUUUGAGUUUAUUGGCAUCCCAUGUCACCAUAUGCUGAAGGUACUUGACACAAGGAAUAUCAAGGACCUUCCUGCUCAGUACAUCUUGAAAAGGUGGAGGAAGGAUGCCAAGUCAGGAUCUUCAAAUGGUGGUUAUGCUUUCUCAUUUGAUGGUGAUCCUGAGUCUGCUCAGACAAAACGUUACACUUCAUUGUGCCGCAUAUUCAGUAUCGCAGCAGCUAGGGCUGCAACCUCUGCAGAAUCAUUUGCAUAUAUGGAAAACCAGUCAAGCAUACUGAUGGAUCAAGUGGAGCAAGCUAUUCAAACCAGGCCACCAGACAUAGCUGCUCUUAUUGGUGCUAAUUGUGAUCGAACUCAAAAUUCAGUUGACAAUAUUGUUGCUGGAGGCAUACACAGUCAUGCUAAUUUUAUUAAUGGCUCUGCUGAUGGUUCUCUAACUUUUCCAUUCACAUUGGGAGCUGGUACAUUGGAUUACCGCUAAUAGGCGUUAGAUGACACACAUGGAUGUUCUACUACUCUUUUGGUGAUUACACACUAAUUUCGGAGCUGCGGAUAAGAUGACCGACACAUCUACAGCACGGUCAUUGGCAGGCCUGAUAUUGUUUCUGCCCUACCCAUCCGCCCGAAGAAAGUUGGCAUUCAUUCCCCUUCGCCAGCAUUAUUUGUAUAUACUAGCUGGGAGGAAUCUUUCACGAGAUGGGAUAAGCAGCCAGCUGCGUUGGUCAUGGUCUGGUUUAACGACCUGGUGUUUGCACAGCUUGUUCCCCGUAAUUUCAGGGUCUCCCUAUGGUGUCAGUUUGAUAAGUUGGUGACUGCUGCUGAGAGCUGCCGAUUACUUAUGAAUGCUGCCGAGUUCUGACUUGAAAUUUUUGAAGUAAAUGGUAAUCGAGCUUGUCGGAGCUGUCACAUUUUUCACCCCUGUACAUGCCGCUUCAGUAGCUUAGUCGUCAUAUACUCACAUUUGUAUAAUGUAUGAAGGAAUUAAUGUUUACAAUAUCUGAAGAUCAAUAGUUUCGCAUUUGUAGUGAAACGGUGAUCAUUUGCUGGUGUACUA